GUGGGAGGAGGAGUUAAAGGGCGGAAUGGCAGCAGGGUGAGCGCAGACCGGAAUGAGACGUGCGUCGACUGAGCACUCAUGCCUGCGAAAGCGGGUGUGCUGUGGCUCACGGCCGUUGCGCUGCUGUGGGGCGGCACCAAUCCGCUGCUGAAGCGCGGAGCCAAGGGCGUGGAGACGGUACGCGGACGCGGACGCCUUCGCCAGCUCUUCGCCGAGCUCUGCUUCCUCGUCUCCAACCCCCGCUACAUGGUCCCGUUUGUCCUGAACCAGAGUGGCUCCUUGCUGUAUUACUUCACCCUCGGCUCAGCGGACCUGUCCGUGGCCGUGCCCUUGACCAACUCGCUGACGUUCGUCUUCACGCUCAUUACGGGCAAGCUCCUGGGAGAAAACAUCGGAGGGACGCGGGCUCUGCUGGGGAUGCUGCUGAUGGGGGUCGGGCUCACGCUGUGCGUGGCGAGCAACGCGUGGCGCGAGGAGACGACCGCACGCGCCUCCGACGACGACAACGCCGCCGCCUGCCGCCGCUGCCGCCGUCGACCCCGAGUGAGGUCGUCGGCUCCCAGAGGAGGCUGGCGCCUUCCCGAACGCCGCUCCUCCGUCCGGUCGACGCCGCUUGCACAUCGGUGGCGACGCUCGGAGGGGGCGUGGGGGGAAACGUCGUCGGAAGAGUUUGCGUGGAAGCAGCGAUGAUGCAAAAUGAUCGCUCGCGAUUG